AUGCACAUACCCUUGCAUAUGAAUAUGCUUCAGCAAAUAAAAAGAAUAUUCCCUCAAGCUGGGAGCAUGAAAAAAAAGCUGAAAAGGACUGGUACAUUGGAUUUAAAAGAAGACAUAGUGCCAUGUUUUCUCUUCGAAAACCAGAAGCAACUAGUCUUUCUCCUGCCACCAGCUUUACAAGAGAAUCUAAAUAAGUUUUAUGAUAACUUAGAAGCAAUUCUUCAUCGUCAGAACUUUAGAGCUAGUGAGAUUUAUAAUCUUGAUGAAUCGGGAAUUACAACUGUACAUGUUCCACCUAAAGUUAUUGCUGGAAAAGGCAUAAAACAAGUUGGUCAAAUGACAUCCGGAGAACGUGGGAAACUUGUUACUAUUAUUUCUGCUGUAAAUGCAAUUGGCAACUCAGUUCCCCCACUUUUGGUUUUCCCCAGAAAGUUUUUCAAGGAUCAUAUGUUGAAAGGAGCACCACCUGGAUUUAUUGGGGCUGCAAAUCCAAGUGGUUGGUCCUCACCACAAAUAUUUAUGCUUUAUCCGAAACACUUUCUGAAGCAUGUUAAAAUAUCCAAAGAUAACAGCAUUAUUUUAAUCUUAGAUAAUCAUAACACACAUAUAACUAUUGAAGCUAUUGAUUUCUACAAAGAAAAUGGAAUUAUUGUGCUCACUUUACCCCCUCACACAAGUCAUAAACUUGAACCUUUGGACCGCACAGUGUUUAGCUCUUUUAAAGUGCAUUAUAAUAGAGCUUGUAGUCAAUGGAUGGUUAAUCAUGCUGGGAGGCCUAUAUCAAUUUAUGAUGUUGCAGAAUGUGUAGGCAAUGUAUACCCCCUUUCUUUUACACCAAAAAACAUUGUUUCUGGAUUUCAAGUAACUGGGAUUUAUCCUUUCAACAGAAAGGUUUUUGAUGACAGCGAAUUUUUAUCAGCUUUUGUCACUGAUAGGCCAAUUCCAUCAACAAGUUUAUCCCUUCAAAGUAAUGAAGAGUCCCCAAUUGCAGAAUUGUCCGUGCCUAAAACACCUGAAUGUGUGCAACCAUUUCCAAAGGCAGCGCCUCGAAAGCUGUCCCAAGGUGAGCCACCAGGUAGUACACCUUGGGACAAAGUACAAGUUUACUAA